UGGUUACAUUUGGCAACAACACAACAAAUCUUGCCAGCCAUGACAAUACUGAGAUUAGCAUUUCUCAGCAUCCUGUCAAGCUUACUGCUAUUGGGUGGUCCUGUUGCAGGGAAACCCAAUGGCUUGACCAUCAAGCUCAUCCAUAGAGACUCACCAGCAUCACCUCUCUACAAUGGCAACAUUACUUUCACAGAAAGAAUUCAAAGACUUGUCAACCAAUCCAAAGCUCGAGCCAGUUACUUGUAUAGCCUGAUAUCAGCAAAUACAGAAGAAACCAAUGGUUCCCAGUCCAUACACCCUAAUGAGGUUAUUCGUGCACCCAUUGCUAUUCAAGCAAUGUCUACAUACAUGGUGAGAUUUGGCAUUGGCACCUUCAAUGCAACUUUCCCUGCUCGGCCAUUCAAGUCAUACCACUUGCACAUGGAUACAGGAAGUGUCCUCACAUGGACACAGUGUCAGGAUUGUGAGCUCCCUGGCAACCAUUGCUUCCCCUGCAACGAACCCCCUUUCCCCAACAGGAUUUCUAGAACUUAUAGGCCUCUCCCUUGUAACAUGCACCCACUUUGCGCACCCCAUCAAUGUGUUGGGGACUCAUGCUCCUACCAAGAGAAAUACCAGGAUGGAGGAACCACAACUGGCAUUCUUGCACAAGAAACUUUCACUUUCCUUUCCAGUAGUGGUAGCCCUCAGACUAUUCCAAACAUAGUUUUUGGUUGCUCUUUUGACAGUUCUGAAAUGGAAUAUGGUGGGGAUGACAACCAAGUAAAUGGAAUAUUUGGCUUGGGAUGGGGUAUACGUUCCUUUGUGAAUCAAAUAGGCUCUCUGAGUCAUGGAACAUUCUCAUACUGCCUCAAGCUCAACGAUGGUCAUGCCUUGGACACAUAUCUAAGAUUUGGGGCAGAUAUAUCUCAACCUGCAGGAAGUUUACAGACAGCAAAACUAUACCAAUUUAAAAGCUCAAGUCCUUACUACAUUGAUUUGCUAGGCAUCAGCAUUAAUGGGGCAAGACUUAGCAUUAACCCAGCCCUAUUUAUCUUACAAUUUGAUGGUUCUGCUGGGUGUAUUAUAGACUCUGGAAGUACUUUUACAACUCUCAUUAAGCCUGCUUAUGAUGUAGUGAUAAGAACAUUUCUGCAAUAUUUUUCGGGUUUACCAAAUAUGACUAGGAGUAGACUUUUCGAAGGAUUUUUUGAGCUUUGCUAUGAGCGCAGUGUGCCAGAAGGGUUCAGAGACCUUCCUGGUAUGACCUUUCAUUUAAGAAAUGCAGACCUUCAAGUUAGACCUGAAGGGACAUUUUUUGUGAAGCAGCUCAACAGUGGGGGAGAGAUCUUUUGUUUGGCAAUAGUUGGGGAUGAUCACUUUACUUCAUUGGGAGCAUACCAGCAAACAAACCAAAAGUUCAUAUAUGACAUUCCAAGGAAGCAGUUGCAAUUUGCACCAGAGGAUUGUGCUCAGAACGCUUAGAGGCUCUCUAUUAUCCUUAUGUUUGAGUUUUGCAUUGAGUCAUCACAUAAAUGAAAUUAUCCAUUUGAGUAAACUCUCUCUUUCUCUCUCUAUACAGCCAUUUUCCAUCUCUGUCUCUCUCUUCACUUGGGUUUUGGGACACUAAUUACAAGAUUUGUUUGGAAUUGUUGGACAUUUAUUCUUAUAUAUAUUAUAUAUUCGGUAUAAAAAACACAUCUUCCAUGCCAAAGAAGAUCAUUCAACUACUUGUGAACACCAAGCCAAAUUCACAUUUGAGUGUUCAAAUUUUUUUAAUGGAUAGAUAUAUAUACAACAAUGACACCAAACAUACAAGGAUUGUUUGAAAUUGAUGGGGAAUUGAUGAGGAAUAAAAUGGAGAAUAUCUCCAUGUGGGUGGAUAUGAUGUGGA